CAAUGGCUCUCCACCGGUUCGUGUGCUGUUUCGCUGUGAUGAUCAUUCUCUUAUGUAAAGACUGUCAUUCCCAGCAGCCUGAGUGUGGCAGGGCUGUGGGAAACAACAGAAUCAUAGGAGGUCAAGAUGCAGCCCCAGGAAGUUGGCCCUGGCAGGUAUUUUUAAUCAUUUCUCGCUUUUUUCGGUGUGGAGGGUCCCUCAUCUCUGACCAGUGGGUCCUGACAGCUGCUGCCUGUAUAACAUCUCAAGAAGUCAAUGAUGCAGUGGUCUAUCUGGGCCUCCAGUCCCGGUCAGGUCCAUAUACAAACGUAUUGGAUCGUAAACUGGAUAAAGUCAUCUGCCAUCCUCAAUACAGCUUCAUAACCCACAAAAACGACAUAUGUCUUCUACGGCUGUCGGCUCCUGUGGAUUUCACAAACUACAUUAGGCCCAUCUGCUUGGCCUCAGAAAACAGCACUUUCAAUGAUGGCACCAGCAGCUGGGUCACUGGUUUUGGUAUAAGUAGUAACUUAACCUUCCCCAACACCCUGCAGGAGGUAAAUGUGCCAGUAGUGGGAAACAAUAAGUGCCAAUGUUACAAUAAUGACUUGGGGCUGGUCAAGGUAACAGAGAACAUGAUCUGCACUGGACUCGAAGCUGGAGGAAAGAGCCCAUGCUUUGGAGAUGAAGGGGGACCCCUCAUGAUCAACAAAGAUUCAGUCUGGAUCCAGAGUGGAAUUGUGAGUUUCAGUGUUGGCUGUGCUCAGCCUCUGAGGCCUGAAGUCUACACUCGUGUGUCCAAGUACCAAAAAUGGAUCAGUGACACCAUCACCGACAAAAAACCAGGCUUUGUUACCUUCACCUCCCCAGGCACUGACAGCGACGUGAACUUCAAUUGUUCAGCAUUUGUACGACCGACCCCUGUGCCUGCCACUGUGCCUACCACUGUCCCUACCACUGUCCCUACCACUGUCCCUAUCAAUGUCGGUAUCACUGUCCCCAUCAAUGUCUCUAAAACUGCGCCUACCACUGCCGUCAAAUGUAACAGUGUGUUUUGCAGUGGUGGCAACCUGAUCCUGCUCACUCACUUCACCUCACUCUAUGUUCUUGUUGCAUUGCUCCAUAUGUUUGUUGGAAAUGGCGGAAUAUAACUCAACACAUGUACUCAGGUCCUGUACUUGUGUACAUACUUUAACUACUUUAUAUCAGUACUAUUCCUUUAUGCCAUUAUACAACAAGGAAAUAAAUAGUGUACUUUCUGCCUCUCUACUUUUAUGGGAAAGCCUGCAUUAUUUACUUUAUUAAUCAAAGUAUCAAAUUAAAACAUUAUCAUUGUAGCUUUGUGCUGUGUUAUACAUCAGACUAACAUCAAAUACAUGAACAGUUGAAACAAUGAGCAGAUUAGACAUUCUGACACAAAAUCAUUUUUUAUCAAAAAUGAUUUGUUAGCGUUUCCUUGAACCUUCCUACUGAUCUAAUUCAUUUUAAAAUAAUUUCUUAUUUUUUAACAGUAUGUUAAAGAGUGUGGAGAGGGUACUAUGUUUGCAGUUAUCAUUAAUAAAUCAUUUUAAACAAUUCUGUGGAGUGUAAUGAUCAAAUGUUUUCAUACAUUGGGAUUUUUUGUUUGAUUUUUUUGUUUGUUUUUGGGUUAAAAUCUGAAGCAACUUGAUUGAAACCUUUUCAAAUCUUGUGUUGU